GAUUUGUUGCUUUUCUCUGUCAUUUCUGACAGUAAAUGAAGAGUCUGCUGGCUGAACAAAAGAGCCAAUCUGAACACAAUCACAAGCAUUUCUCACUUUUCGGGAGUCCAGGCGGGCGAGUUGAGGAAGUAGCAGCCAGCAGACUGGAGUUGUUAUUUAUGUGCUGCAGGUAACAGAAGAGCGAGCGAGCGAGCGAGAUGGCGAUCGCCCACGUGGCCACCGAGUACGUGUUCAGCGAUUUUCUCCUGAAGGAGCCCAACCAGACCCGAUACCGCAGCGUCCGGACGGAGCUGGCUGUGGACAAGAUGGUGACCUGCGUGGCAGUGGGCCUGCCCCUCCUCCUCAUCUCUCUGGCCUUCGCUCAAGAAGUUUCAGUGGGCACUCAGAUCAGCUGCUUCCCUCCCACCAACUUCUCCUGGAGGCAGGCGAUUUAUGUGGACUCGUUCUGCUGGGCCGCCGUACACACACACACUCUACCUCUGUGGCUGCACAAGGUACACACACACACACACACACUACCUCUGUGGCUGCACAAGUUCUUUCCCUACAUCCUGCUGCUCGUGGCCGUGCUGAUGUACACCCCGGCGUUGUUCUGGAGGUUUUCGGCGGCGCCCCUCCUCCAGUCGGACCUCAGCUUCAUCAUGGAGGAGCUGGACCGCUGCUACAACCGCGCCGUCACUCUGGCCAAACGCAUGGCCGCCUCAGGACUGCUCACCCCUGAAAGCGACCCCACUGAGGGCUGCUUCAACUACCCGCUGGUGGAGAAGUUCCUGAUGACCAAGCGGUGCACGCGGCUGCUGCUGUUCUACUACCUGCUGUGUCGCGGCCUGACCCUCAUCACCCUGCUGUGCGCCUGCGUCUACCUGGGCUACUACCUGCGCCUGGCCUCCGUCACGGACGAGUUCGGCUGCUCGCUGCGCGUCGGCCUGCUCGAGUCCGACCUGAGCGUCCCCGACAAGGUGCAGUGUAAGCUGAUCGCCGUGGGAGUCUUCUCUUUGCUGAGCAUGGUCAACUUGGUCCUGUUCAUCGCACUGAUUCCUGUGGUGAUCUACGCCGGCCUGCGUCCUCUCUUCUGCCAUGGUUACGCCCACUUCCUGGAAACAUACGAGUUGCUGCCCACCGUGGGCGUCCUGCCAGCCCCCGAUAGGCAAUGGGACGACCUCUCUCUGUACCUGCUCUUCCUGGAGGAGAACAUCAGCGAACUAAAGUCCUACAAAUACAUCAAGGUGCUGGAGCUGCUGAGGAGACGAGGCGAUUACACCGAGGAAAGCUUUGACGCCAUAGGUCUGCUGCAGACUCUGUGUCUGGUGAAGAUGGACUCGAUGGACGGGAACAAGGCCACCGGGGCCGCGGGGAAACAGGAGCAAGUCAGAACCAAAGCCGCCGACUCUGCCGGCGGCGGCCGUCCGAGCGACGGUGAACGAGAUGACAGCAGCAAGACGGAAACCGAGAUGAAAGAGCUCGGCCCUUUGCUGCCAGAGAACAGCGACACAACAGGAAGCAGAAACAGUCCGGGGGCCCUCCGGCAGCGAGCCAUGUGAUUGGCCGAAGACGGGGAGGGGGAGGGGGGCGACGUCCUCUCCCAAUGGGGGGAUGACUGGGCGAACACUCAGUAAACCAUCAACCAAACCAUUAAGAAUUAAAUGGUGAUGGACUCGGACUGCACCUGUGGCAGGCCUGCUUGGGAAAAAUCUUUAAUAUAAUAGUAUGCAGUAGAUGCUCGUUGCAGGGCGUUAGGUUGCUUGCUGCCUAAACCAGAGGGAUGUUUGGAGUGUGUGUGUCGCAGACUUUGUGCUUGUUGAAGCUGACUAAGAAAUGAUGUGCUUUUCAUAAAGGGAGAGUGAGGUGAUGGUUUUGUUUGCGCUGCCAUUGUGGGAGAAAGUCACUUUUAUGCUCGUCGGUCACAUUUCGAUUCUGCAGACUCCUGAACCAGGACCCCAUCCUGCUUUGGUCCGUUCUGCAGGUGAGUAGCCGACACCUGAGCCUCCUGGUCAAAGAGCAGCGUGAGGCGUUCAGCUCAUUUCAGAGUCGCAGUCGUUGGUUGGACCGUAGAAAACGAAGCGUUAAGGACUGGAUGAGUCCUGAAUCGUGCUGUCCUGUGUUGUCCUGUUCACUCACAUGUUCACUCACAUGUUCACUAAGCUGAAUGCAGGAAGCUUUCAUUUAACAUGAAGGUUUUCUGUCCUUUCUUUAAACAAAAACGGUACGAGGUGUUUGUCGAUUAAUGUUGAAUUUCUCUGUGAUUUAUGCAGGACAAAUCGCAGCUUAGCAGCUCAGAUAAUAUCAGGUUUGGUUCAGUUUUAAAGUUCUUCAGAUGUGUGGGAGCUGAGGAAUCUCAGGAUAAAAACACACGAGUGCGUCUCGGGUGGUUGUUUACUUCUUGUAUUUUGAGCUCAUUUCACUGCCUGUUUGCUGUGUGUGCUGCACUAAGUGGAACAUUUGAACGCAGCACUGCUUUACUGUACAGUAAGUCGGUGUUUUAUGACGUGUUCUGAUGUUUGCUGUUGGCCCUGUUUGAGAUGUGAUGAUGGCUGUUAAUUAUUACUUUUAAAACGUCAAAAUAAAUCACAGUAAACUUGUGAAAA